CUAAAUUUGUAGUGUCUAUUCUUGAACUUUUCUAAUGUCAGCCACAGGCGGUAUUCUGAACUAGAUUUCUCAAGAUCCAAAGAUGAUCUUUCCGCUGACCGAAGCGCAAUUGUCCGCCUGGUGCUCUGCCUUCUACGAAUCUCCGCAGAAUCGUUUGGCCCAGAAUGUUUGCACCGCCCGGGAUCCCAUCAACAUGUGCCAACGAUCGCCAGCAGACUUGUGCUCUGAUGUUUCCGGCGGUAAAACGUGGCACGAAGUCGAUUCGCAGAAAAAGGCAACAAGUGGUGGUCCGGGUUGGAUUUGUACCGGUCUGGACCUACUCCGACAGGAGAUGGACAAAAAGAUGCCGCUGCCUGCGGAUUUUGAACUUUCUGCCGCUCAUUUGUUUUUCUGGCACAAGUUGGAGCGAUGCAACUACUUCCUAUGGACAGUUGCUGAUCUUCUGAUGCAAUGUGAGCCACUGGAUGGGCGAUGCUUCCGGAACUUCAUGAAGAACGCCGUUCCAGAUGGCGGCAACUGGCAGAUGUUCAAGAACCUGGUCAAGAAAUAUGGUGUGAUGCCGAAGAAAUGUUAUUUGGCCAGCCAACGAAGUCUAAAAAUGAACAGUAUCCUGAGGAGUAAGCUCCGUGAGUAUGCCAGCAUGCUGCAUGCCCAGUUUACGUUUAAUGGUAAUGGCAACCGUCUGCCGGAACUCAUUCAGGAAAUGAUGCCGCAUCUCUUCAAGAUAGUGACCAUCUGCCUGGGCGAACCACCGGAGGUUUUCGAUUGGACAUUCUAUGACCACAAGAAGCGCUACCAACUCUUGGAGAGCUUGACGUCGGUUAGCUUCUACGAAGUGAUGGUGGCACGUACCAUCGAUCUGGAAGCUUUCGUUUGCCUUGGUCAUGAUCCUCGAAUGUCCUCGAGUUCCCAGCUAAACUAUCAGAUUGCCCACAGCUCCAAUAUGAUAGGUGGUGAGCCGCAUAGGUAUAACAACCAAUCAAUGGACGUCAUAAUACCGAUUAUAGUGGACUCCCUGGUCGGCGGUAAGCCCGUUUGGCUUAGCUGUGACCUUUGCAGUAGGUUUAGCUCAAAAUCUGGUCAUUUAAGUCUACAGUCUCAUUCAUUUGAUUUGAUGUUUGGUUUAAGGGUGGGUGAAACCCUUACCAAAGCGGAGAGACUACUCUACAAGGAAUCCCGUCGAGAUUCUGCUCUAUUGCUCACAUCCGUUGGAUUGGAUUCUAUGCAACAGCCCGUUGAAUUCCGUACACUAAGUGCCUCUUCAAUCGGUGAAAGUUUGUCCACUGGGAGCCUUACUGAAGUCGAUGAGGAUCAGAGAAAAAAGGUGAAAGCUAAGGAGGAACUGCGGAAGAAGGCUACAAAAAACCAGGCUACCUCCAUGGAUGUAAGCUGGCUAAAAGAAUACGCCUUCGAAAUUGUGGUUCACGAGAAAUUUGUGCCCCCAGGAGUUAUUCAUGCCACUAAAAUCACCAAAAGCAAGGAACUGCCCGCCUGGGAUCCAAUGGGCGCCUUGCUUAAAUAAAAUUAGCUAUUAAGCCAUGUGAAACUGAUGACAUAAAGACAUCAUUAGAUUUCCUUUCAAAUAAAUAAAAAAUACGCUCA